AUGUUCCUCGCAUGUCUCUCACGUUAUCGGAAGUCAUCCAGCAGCCGUUUGCCGUUACCCCCAGGCCCACACCGACUACCGAUUAUUGGGAAUGUGUUCGACAUGCCAAAACGAUACGCCGGCGCAGACUUCAAUGCACUCUCCGACAAGUACGGUGACAUGGUGUACAUGGACAUCCUCGGCCAACCUAUGCUCAUCCUUGGCUCGCAUGACAUUGCCCUCGACCUUCUCGAGAAACGUUCGGCACUGUAUUCUGACAGAGUCCGAUCUGCCAUGGUAGACCUAGCUGGCUUUGACUGGCUCUUGGCGACGAUGCCCUACGGUCCCUGGUGGAGACGCCACAGACGGGCCUUCCACCAGUUCUUCAACCCCACCGCCAUUGUGGAGCUCCGAUCGAUACAGCGUACCCAGGUGGGUCACUUUCUGAACCGCCUCAUCAACACACCGGACGACUUCUAUGAGCAUAUCAGGCAUCUAUUUUCCGCGACGAUCAUGCGUGUGGCGUACGGAAUACGGAUCUCGGAGAAGAGCGACUCCGAAUACAUGAGAAUAGCGGAGGAAGGGGUUGCGGCGGUCAGCCGCCUGCUCAGCCCCGGCAAGUACCUCGUCGAGCAGCUCCCCAUCUUGCGCUUCCUUCCAAAGUGGAUGCCGGGCGCGCAGUUCCGGCGCGAUGCGGCCGAUGCACAGGUGGCCACGCACAAGAUGCGCAAUAUCCCCUGGUCGCGCAGUCUCGAGGCAAUGGUUCUCCCAUCUAUGACCACUGAAAUGAUGGAGCGUAUGCGUACGCUGGAGGGCUCCGAAGCUGAGAACGAAGAGCUCGUAGCCCGGAAUACUACCGCGGCGGCGUAUGCCGGUGGUGCGGAUACGACUCUCUCGCUGAUCCAGGCAUUCUUCCUCGUCCUCGCGUCAUUCCCUGAAGUGCAAGAGAAAGCUCGAGUCGAGCUGGAUGCAGUCGUCGGCCCGCACCGCCUGCCUGACUUUGACGACCGCGACGCGCUGCCAUAUGUCUGCGCAGUCAUCAAGGAGUGCAUGCGCUGGCAUGCUAUCGCGCCGCUCGGCGUACCGCACCGCUUGAUCCGGGACGACGAGUAUCGCGGGUACCUGAUCCCGAAGGGUACACUGGUUAUCGCGAACCUAUGGGCGUUCUCUCGCGACGAGCGGCAGUACCCAGACCCCGAAGCCUUCCUCCCGGAGCGCUUCCUGAAAGACGGGAAACUGAACACUGAUAUUACUGAUCCCUCGGAAUUUGCAUUCGGUUACGGGAGGAGGAUUUGUCCCGGUCUCCAUUUCGCAGAAUCUUCGCUCUUCCUAACCCUCUCCUCGGUGCUGCACACGCUCUCUGUCACCCCACCGCUCGAUGCGGCAGGGAAGCCUCAGCGGCCGAAGAUCAAGAUGACCACGGGUGUUAUAUCGUACCCAGAGCCUUUCAAAUGCGUCAUCAAGCCUCGCGCGCCCUGGGCCGAGGCCCUCAUUCGUGCGAACGACCAGUUGACGGCGUAA